UGGUUGUUAACCGUAGGUUAAAAAAAACGAAGUUUCAAAAAAUUACGACGAAGGAGAGAGAAAGAAAGAAUCGAAUUGUGACAUUGGCUUCGUAUAUAAGCCAUUAAAACCAUACAAGAAGAAGAGAAGAGAAGAGAAAAGAGGUUUAUAUUUUUCUUCAAGAACCUGACACAUAAACAACAACAAUAACAACACACACGCACGCACAUAAAAGAAGAGAGAGAAAAAAUUUCGGUGGGUGGAGCCUUCUUUCUUUGAAGUUCUUCAGAAAGGGGCUUCAUCAUCAAGAGCUACAUCCAUGGCAGAAUCAAAUGAUUCCGUUUCAAUUGAUAUGGAAAAGAUCUUUCUUGGUGGAAAGGAGCACCAUAUUCAAACUGGCUGUGGUUCUGUAUCUGUCAUAGUCUACGGGGAUCAGGACAAACCAGCUCUGAUCACUUAUCCUGAUUUAGCGCUAAAUUAUAUGUCAUGUUUCCAAGGAUUAUUUUUCUGUCCAGAGGCUGCUUCUUUGCUGCUUCAUAACUUUUGCAUAUAUCAUAUUAGUCCUCCUGGACACGAGUUAGGAGCUGCUGCGAUUUGUUCUGAUAAUCCUGCCCCAUCCGCUGAAGACUUGGCAGAUCAAAUAGUGGAGGUUCUCAACUAUUUUAGGCUUGGUGCCGUGAUGUGUAUGGGAGUAACGGCUGGUGCUUAUAUCCUUACUCUUUUUGCAAUGAAAUAUAGGAAUCGCGUUGUUGGAUUAAUACUUGUAUCUCCCUUAUGCAAAGCACCUUCUUGGACUGAAUGGUUUUAUAACAAGGUGAUGUCAAAUUUGUUACAUUUCUACGGCAUGUGUGGUUUGCUAAAGGAGUGUUUACUUCAGCGGUACUUCAGCAAGGAAGUUCGCGGUAAUGUUGAAGUUCCAGAGUCAGAGAUAGUUCAAGCUUGCCGAAAACUGCUGGAUGAGAGAAAGAAAACAAAUGUCUUGCGGUUUCUUCAAGCAAUUGAUCAGAGGCCUGAUAUUACAGAAGGAUUAGAAAAAUUAAAUUGCCGUACGCUUAUUUUUGUUGGGGACAGUUCCCCAUUCCAUUCUGAGGCUAUCCACAUGACUUCGAAACUUGAUAGGAGAUAUAGUGCCUUGGUUGAGGUCCAGGCUUGUGGAUCAAUGGUGACAGAGGAACAACCGCAUGCGAUGCUGAUACCCAUGGAGUAUUUUCUGAUGGGGUAUGGGUUGUAUAGGCCAUGCAAGUUCAGUCACAGCCCAAGGAGCCCACUUAGCCCAUCUUGCAUCUCCCCAGAGCUUCUUUCUCCGGAAAGCAUGGGGUUGAAGCUAAAGCCCAUAAAGACGCGUGUUUCGCUGGAAGUUUGAUAUCUUAUCAGAAGAGAAAAUACGUUUGAAUUUUGUAAUUGAAACCACUUUUUUAUUUUUUUCUUCAAAUUUUUUAAUUGUUUUUAAGACAGAUAGAGAAAGAAAAGAGGUAUGGUAGAGUUUGGAGGGGGUGUAGAUAAAAGGGGAAUGUGAAAGAGAAUACGUGAGAUAUAUAUUAAUAAUCUAGGGAGGAGUUGAGUUGAGUUGAGCUGAGUUGCUUUGAUUCAUUUUUAGUGCGGUCUUGAAUAAAGGAAUCAUUGAGCUGUAUUUAUCUGUAAGUCCAAUUGGACUCUAGCUAUAUUCAUAAUAUUUAUGGUGACCAGCAAUCAUUGACCACUUAAUAAGAAUUCUUUUUAGA